GUAUGUUCUAGUUUCUACUUACUUACAUACAUACGUACGUACGUACGUGUGACUUAGCGUGUAUGUGUAUGUGUAUAUAUGUCGUUGAUUUAAGCGAAGAAGGAAGAUCAAAGAGGAGAGGACAGGGAACAAAGAAGAGAGGCAGAGGAGAGAGAGAGAGGAGAGAGGAGAGGCAAGAUCUAACAUGAACCAACGACAUCUAAGUGAUGAAAAACAACAUCAACACUACUACCACCAGUACCAGUACCAGUACCAGCAACAAGAACAAGUACAAGAACAACAAGAACAAAACACACAAUCUAGCAUAUUACAAAAACUGAAAAAAAAACCCCAAGAGUGUAAAAUUUGCUAUUAAAUAAAAACAACAACACCACCACCACCACCACCCA